AUGACUAACUUCAAGGACCUCAAGAAGAAAACGUUCAACCGUCGCACGCAGUCUCUUGGUGCGUGUAAGACGUGCAGGAGGCGGCAUGUAAAAUGCGACCAAACACGUCCAGUAUGCAAGGCUUGCAGGUUGGCCGAUGUGACCUGCGAUGGCUUCGGCUUAGAGAUACAAUGGAUCGGCUGUUCAUCAACAGAUCCCGAUGGUCUCCUAGAAGCCAGCUUGGGCCCUAAUGUACGCCGCCAUUUGUACACGGAAAACCAAAGAGAGAAAAUGAGCUCAGAACUGGUGAGCGGGCUUGCCUCCCAGUCCAUCGAUCACAACCUCGCUGAGAUCGACACUCAGUCAAGAGAUCUUGAGGAACAGCCUGACGGUGAAAUAUCUAUCGGACCGUUUGCGGUAUUGAACCUAGUUGGCGGCUCAGAGGCAUUCACUGGUAAUAAAGACCUAGAGACUCGACUCCCUAUCGAAUCAACUUUAGAGGGAGACCCACGCGUAACGGAUAGUGCACCAUUCGCUGAGCUGUCGGUCGGAGAGGACGUGCUCGGAAGCCUAGACAACUACUUGCAAUGGGAGGACAUAUUCAAUCUGGACCCUGCUGCUGAACGAUGGAUGCUAACACCCCCUCCUUCGGGCUAUGGCGUCAGUUCAACAGAUUUGAUGUCGCCAACUAGACCACAGAUACCGUUGAAUGGCAUUCAGGACCCAUCCCCUCGGCAUGAAUUACCGACGCUCCGAUGUACGAUGGGGAGCCCUGAUAUUCUAUCCGAGGCAAGAUUAUUGUUGGGCCACUUUCAUGAGCAUGUUGUGGCCCAAAUCGUCUGGGUGCCAAUGACACAGAAGUCGAUUUGGAACAUUUUGAAUAUCCCAUCUGCAAUGAUAACCCUUGACCAGCUUACCUACAUGAAGCAGUUUGCCAUAAAGCAUGCCAAUCUUGCAAAUCUCUACGCGAUUCUUGCCUGUGCCUCUUAUCAUCUAGGGAUGAAUCCACAUUACGCUCCAGGCAAGCAGGGUGAAUACUGGGAGCACUUGACCAUCGUCGCCUAUAGUGAGGCGCAAGCUCAUAUGAACAAGUCACUUGAGUUGGAGUUGCAGGGGCCUCAGAAAGCCAAGUAUAAGGAGCAGUUGAUGGCUAUCUUGGGCCUUGCAACAUAUUCUAUAUUGUCUCAAAAUCAUAAGGAUACCCGGUGCCAUCUCAUUAACAUGGAAUAUUUAAUCCGAUUACGAGGUUUAAUCAAACCAAAGCUAUCACGCCGAGCCCGGCUCCUUCAUCAUCAGUAUACCUGGAUCCGAAUACUGACCGAAAGCACACUGGUCAUCCACAAUCAAAUCCCACAUUCGGCUCCGUGCAAGGCACUGUGGUCCUGUCGUCUGGACCUAGAGGAGAUGAACAGACUAGCGCAGCGUCACGCCACCAUUCCUCCCUACGACGGCAGCCGAGGCCUGGAUGAUUUCCUGCGCGUAGUUCCUACUGAUGGUGACAACGAUCUAAAUAUUGACGAUCCAAAAGACUCCCAAACUAUUCUCGGCGAUAUCCAUCUCGUGGACUCACGAAACGUCCCCGAAGAACUACAUACAGCCGUCAACGGCAUCUCAGAGACAUGGUUGGGUCUUCUCUCGCAGACAGCUCGCCUCGCAAAUGUCAUGGACCAGGUAAAUUUGGGAACCUGCACCAUGAGCGCAGAAAAGCACCUGGCUCUCCACCGACGAUCUCACUACCUCGAGAACAUGAUCUGCUCUUUCACCUCCCGGAAGCCGGCCCCCCGGUCGCUUGGAGAGCCCAAAGCCCACAUGUGGCAGGCUCUCAACUCCGCCCUGGCUAUAUAUUUCUACCGGCGGGUCAGACAGCUAAACCCAUGUAUUCUGCAGGGCUAUGUGUCUCACAUAAUUGAAGAGCUGCAUAAAUGGGACGCCGCCCUUGCUCAACACGAAUUGGUGGGGCCUGGAACUGCAUGGCCAGCGUUCAUGGCUGGCUGUGAAGCCAUCGGUCGCGCAGAGCGGGAAGCUAUUGUCCAGUGGCUGGAAAAGGCCAGGGAGCGGAGUGGAUUUAUCUCAUACAUCACUGCUCGGCAGAUUAUGGAGGAGGUUUGGAAGCGAAGGGAACAGGGACCGAGAUGUACACGGCCAGCACUGCCUGGUGGGCCUAUGUCCUUUAGUUGGAUGGAUUAUUCUCGACAGAAUUUGCAGUGGUUGCUUCUCUUUUAA